AUGUCCAACCAAGCUGCAUGGCUCGACGGCGCUGCCAAAAACCUCCGAGUGGCCGAAGCCGAAUACCCAAAGCCCGACGCAGAGCAAAUCCUCGUCAAGAACCACGCCAUCGCCAUCAGCCCCGUAGACUGGAAGGUCCAAGAUUACGGCCUCUUCAUCCAAAAUUGGCCCGCAGUUCUCGGCACAGAUAUCGUCGGCGAAGUCGUCCAAGUCGGUAGCAACGUCACCAAGUUCAAGAAGGGUGAUCGUGUUCUCUCCCACGUCAUCUCCCUCGCAACCCAACGCCCCCAAGACGGCGGCUUCCAACUCUACACCACAACCCGCACAAACUUCGCCGCCCCCAUCCCCUCCUCCCUCUCGUACAAAGAAGCCGCAGUCCUUCCGCUAGCAAUCAGCACCGCCGCCCACGGCCUUUAUGGGCCCACGUCAAAAGCCUUCCUCGGCCUGGACUACCCUUCUGUGGACCCAAAGCCAGCCGACAAGACCAUCCUAGUCUGGGGCGGCUCCUCCUCCGUCGGCGCCCUCGCGAUCCAGCUUGCAGUCGCUUCCGGGGUGAAGGUAAUCACCGUAGCAAGCAAGCAUAACCACGCCUUCGUCAAAUCGCUCGGUGCCAGCGAAGCAUUCGAUUACAACGACGCUUGCACGGUCGUUGACGAUGUCGUGAAAGCGAUCAGCGCCUCAGGUGGCGACUUUGCUGGGAUCUACGACGCCGUUUCGAACGAGAGCUCAUACAAAUUCGUCCUCCCACUCGCCGAAAAAUUACAGGGCAACAUCAACAUUGCCACGACGUUGCCAGCACCGGAGAGGUUACCAUCGGGAGUGAAAGCCGCGCAGGUGUUUGCGAUUACGCCAGAUGUUGUGGACCCGGUGUGGGAGAAGUACGUGGGACAAGCCUUGGAGCAGGGGAAGUUGAAGGCUGUGCCGGAGCCGCUUGUGGUGGGUAAGGGGCUGGAGUUUGUGCAAAAGGGUCUUGAUACGAAUAAGGCGGGUGUUAGUGCGAAGAAGGUUGUUAUUGAGCUUUAG